UAGACAGAGAUAGGGAUACAGACUAUGGAGGACAAACAAGCUUAUGAGGCGAAGACCGCCGACUUGAGGGAUCCAGAGUCAGCUCCAUAUUUAUUAACGGCGUCGCAUCCAUACUGUUGCCUUCUGUUAUCUGGACGGGUUUAGGUUUUAAAUUCUCGUCGUCGGAAGCUUUUUAUCCUGGAUGUCAAAUCCCUGAUCCCCCUAAAUCUUUUUAUUUAUCGCAGGUGCAGAGCUUUUUUGGGCUGUAGAUUAAAAAAGUGGAUUUUCUUUCUUGAGUUUUAUUGAGGUAAUGGAAAAGAGGAACAUGUACAUCAUGAAUGCUAACUGCCGUGCUAGGGUUUGCUAUAAUGGUUCAGUUUUUGCAAGACUGGUUUAGAGCUAGACUUUUAUAUUACUUGUAUAGUUGAGCUUUUAGAUUUAGACUUGUGGAUAGAUAUUGGUCAAGAUAGAAAUGGAAGCAAAAAUCGUGAAGGCAUCGGAUAGAAGACAGAAAGUUAUGCUUGAUCCAAAAAGAAAGCGGUCGACCAUGUUUCCUGCAUAUUUAAAUGGAAUUCACCGAGCAAUGAUACCACAGUGCACCACUUUGGAUUUAUUGCAAAAUAAGCUUGGAAAGCGAAGGAAAUUGGAUGGAUGCAAAAGCAAGCUUAUGCGUAAUGGGUCUAAAAACAAGCUCAUGAAUCAUUGGUCUAGUGUUGGGAGAUCUUCACAUGGACGUUAUUCAAAUUAUAUGAAAACUGGUACACCUAAGCGUAUAAUGUUUUAUCAGAAUAGUGAAUGGAUUGAUUUUCCUCAGGAAAUUGUUGAUAUGGUUAGGGAGGAUUUUCAUGUAAAGAAGGCUACUAUGGAGAUUGAGUUAAAUGAGCAUUGUUUCGUGCUUGAUUUUUUGCAUAUGUUUCAAAUGGACUUAAAAACUGGUUUACAGCAACCAAUUGCUUGGAUUGAUGAAGCAGGCAGCUGCUUCUUUCCAGAAAUUUAUGCAGAAGAUGAACUCUGUGACUUCCAUCCACCCAACGGUGGAAAAUAUCAAUUCCCAGGGAUUGAGGAGUCUUUUGGGUCUCCUGAGAUCAAACUGCAGCUGGAAAUUGAAAUAAAUGGAGCGGAACAAUCUAUUAAGGAAUGUAGUGGGGAGUCUAAUGCUCUGGUUAAGCAGAUUCAAAUCAAUCGUAAACCUGCUAGCAACCACUACGAUCUAGAUGUUGAGGGGAGUUGCAAUUUAGAAGCUGGUGCAAAAAAUGACGAGGCUGUUCAGGAAAAUAAACUGAUGAAGGUAGAUUUAGUCACCGUUCCUGAAUCUGAAAAUGAAGAAUUUGAUUGUGUUGCUGUGCAAAAGACGUUCCUUACUGGUAUGGGUGCUUUUUGUAGUGCUGACAUUGUUGAGAUAUACCCUUGCUCAAGUACUUUGAUGCAAGCUCGGUUUGAGCUUUUCCGGAAGCAGGUAGAACUAACCAAAAAGUGUCGUGGGGAUGCGAAUGUUCGAUAUGCAUGGCUUGCUUCUUCUGAAGUGGAGCUGCCUACAGUAAUGACAUAUGGGCUUGGUCAUUGUGGACCUUCCACAAUCAAGUCUAUGCAUGGCAUUGGUGUUCAUCUUGCAGCUGCUAACAGCUCUUACACAAGUGCAAGUCAAUGUGAUGUUGAUGAAAAUGGGGUACGGAAUAUGGUAUUUUGUCGAGUGAUAUUGGGAAAUAUGGAGGCCGUUUGUCCUGGCACUAAACAAUACCGUCCCAGUUGCAAUGACUUUGACAGUGGAGUGGAUGACCUUCAAAAUCCAAGAUUUUAUAUAAUCUGGACCAUGAAUAUGAACACACACAUCUAUCCAGAAUUCGUUGUCAAAUUCAAGAUCUCUUCCAAAGCUGAAGGGCUUUUGGUUGGAAGUGAGACUAAUCAUGCUGUUUCAGGGAUUACUAAGUCUUGUCAUGUGACUCAGUGCCAACGUUUAGAGUCUCCCACAGUUGAUGUGGAGAGCAUAAGUCAACCAAUUUCAAAUUCUGGGAAGUCCGAGGGGAAAGCUGCUAGUCUAGGUUCAAGCAGUACAAGAACUUGUAAAUCCACUUGGAUGCCCUUUCCCAUGUUGUUUGAUGCUAUCUCAGAUAAAGUUCCUCCAAAGGCCAUGGAAGAAAUUAAAUUGCAUUAUGGCUUGUUCAAGGCAAAGAAUAUGGUGCGCGAUGAAUUUAUCAAAAGAUUGAGAUUUAUAGUUGGAGAUACUUUGUUAAGGUCUACAAUCACAAAUCUUCAAUGCAAGCUAGGUCAACUAGGAGCAGUUAGUUUUGGUGGUUUACUUGUUGGUAGGCUCAUUUUGGUUUUGGAAUGGUUGGUUCUGCCAGAAUUAAAAUCUAUUUGGUAGCUUGAUGAAGGUAAUCUCCAUUUGGUAAGGAGUUAGUGGCAUACAUGAAGUCUGGUCAUUUUAAUCAUGAAUUUAUGUAAUUAGAUUUUGAUAUGUUAAAGAUACACGAGGCAAUAUGACUUUUUGCAUUUGAUUGCAAAUGGCAGUCCAAAUGUGGCAAUGCAUUUUAAGUAUGAGCGGAAUAUGUAAUUCAAGGAUGGGAUUGUGAAACAAUUAUUAAAGUUAUUUGGUGUUGCGACAUUAAUAAAGGGUCACAUCAGAUGUAAAAUUGUAGCUAAUGUAACUUAUUAAAAAAAAAAAAAUUGUAGCUAGUGUAUGGUUAUAUGGCCUAAGGCCCUCAUAUCCGGUUCCCAGCGGGUAGGGUGCUACCACCUCAAGUUGCCCCCUCUCCUAUCUUUUCUUACCUAGCAAAAGAAAAAAGAGUAUGAUAAUAUGCUCAACUUUUUGAAAAUUUUACACCACAAAGUAACUUCUCAUUGGACUGGUAUUUCGUCAGGUCUAGCUUUAGAUUACAGUAAAUCCCAAGUGGUGAAGGCUUUGGUCUUGGGGUAUCACCCCUUUAAGGUUCAAGAUUUAACACCUCAUGGGUGCAAACAAUCAUUUGGGGCCACACCUUCUGGUGAGAAGUCAGCGAUUUAACCAGUUUCAUGUAGGGAGACUUUUGAGGGUGCGGUGCACGGGACCGGAGUUUACUCUUCAUGGGUGGGUCCGAAGGACUGUGUUUUGGAGAAGUUCCCCGACAUAAUAAUUAAAAAAAUAAAAAGGAAGAAGAUUACAUGAAAUUUUGUGCGUCUAUCAUGCUCUCCAAAUGACUUUCUAUAUUUUGAAAAACUAUUAGAAGUAUGAGAACUUCAGAUUCAUGUUAAAUGGCAUUCAAUUUAUGCGAAAUUCGUUAUGCAUAACAUGUACUAAAUCAAACUCUAGGUGUUGGUUAAAUCAAACCCCGUAUAUCAUUUUAUUCAACUUAUAGGUUUUGAAUUACCAAAAGAUGGAUUUAGGAGAACGCAUGGCAAAUGGAAAUACAAUACCCAUACCCGGAAUGUUCUUUUCUUUUCCCUUUCUUUGAUUGAAUGGUAGUAGUGGAUCACACAAUGGUGUUACCCCUUAUUUGCCCUGGACCAGUGAUCCUGUUGAGGAUCACAUUUCUUGAUGUACCCCUAGUUAGUUCUACAUGAUGCAAUUGGUCCUGCAUGAAAAGUAAGUCAUGGAAUGGAGUCUUUGUUAGGAUUUUGCAAAGGAAAACUAUAUAUAUGGCUGAGACUGGAUUGAGUUGACAGAUCACAGAUAGCAUACAAAUUUUUGUAUUAAAGGUGUCGAAAGUGCUUGGGGCACCGUUCAUAAGAGAGUUCGUUUACACGGACCCGUGGCCCCAGCAAUUCUGGGUAUUGGUCAUUUUGGCACUCUUUUCCAAGUUUCGGAUGCAGCCUUCAAGUCACUGUUUAUGGUACAAUAAUUUAAAUUCAUGUAUUGCUUGAGGGACAGUCCAAUCUAAUAAUGGUAAAAUACAUAUCUUACUGGCUG